AUGCUGCUACAAGAGCUCAACGCUAAACUAACAGAAGGAGUCGAAGUGGCUGAGACCCUAGUUGCGAUAAGAGACACUCUUCGUCAGAAAGACAUCCGUGACUCUCCCGAAGGAAAUGGUAUCUUGGAUCAAGUACUCCGUUACUUCGACGACUACACGGUUGAUGUGCUUAAGGUGCUUGUGAACUAUACCGCCGAUAGCGACGGCAACAGGUACUCUUUGUAUGCUGAGGAUGAAUUCUGGAGAAAAGCAGGGAAUGUAUUAAUGGGCGAAGAUGCUGCGGCAGCUGAGUUGGUGGUGAUCCUUAUGGCCCAAUACAUGUACAAUGUUGGAGAGUCCUACCGUGCACUGUUCAGCGAAGUUUUCAUUAAUGCUAGGGACGCCAUCAUUGAUUAUGUCUUGAAACCAGAGUGUGCUGCUGAGGAGACUGCCGUGGAGUUGCUAUCGGAGAUUCCAGACAACAAGAUGGCUAUAUAUGAUCAACGCGCUCAACAAUUGGUCGACAAGAUGAUAAAGGCGUUUGAUGGUGAUUUAGAAGAUGAGCAUUGCCUUUACUGGGUCAUGGUUUUCGAGAAAGUGACACGAUACGGCAAGGCAGAUGCUCACAGCGUUUCUGGUUUAUACGCUAAGGUACCAGAUGAUGACUUCGAACGCCAGCACAAAAGAAGGCUUUUCGGAGGCCAGGGUAACAUUUUCCUGGGCCCCGCGUACGACAAUUGGGCGAACGUGGAGAAAAGUAUAGACUACGUGGUGGGAGAUGGCGACAACUUUGCUACUGCCGCAGCUGCCAUCGAUGUGGGCAAUUGCGUGAAAAGCAAAGAGGACCAGGCAAAAAUCACCGCAUUGAUAGAAGAAAGAGUCGGGCUCGAGCGAUUCAUCACUAGUCUCAUCACUCGGAAGUGGGACGAUAUGAUCCAGAGCCAAUAUGUGCACUGUCUCGCGAACCUUUUGCAGCCAGAGGUGAGCGAGCUCCUUUUCAAACACUGGAAGCUGUUUUACCCCAUAGUGAAGUCCGCUUGCGACAAUCCCGGAUAUGUGCCCAAGGCGGCUGUCACCCUGAAUAAGCUUUUGAAAAAACUUGCUCUCGCAGAGAACGCCGAAAAAUAUCCAGAAUUGUGGUUGCAGUUCUGCUCGGCACUGAACGUGCUUCGGGCGCUCAUGCAACGAGAGGAAGGCAUCGUUUUGCUUGAAAACAAAACCCUCCGCCCACUGAUCCUAACAGCUUUAUUCGAAACGCCCGCUCACAUCUCCGAAACCGAUCUCUUGGAUCAGCUUCGGGCGCAGGCGCUUUUUUUCUCCCACGGCACCAUCAGAUCAAAACUCGCGCCAGACACUGCACUUGCCAGUGCGGUAGCGGGGCCGUUUGCGCUGUUUUUACUGGAGCUUCACAAAAGCCUUGCGGAAAGCGAGCAGAAGCCUGCAGCGGUUUUGAACAACGCUGGGUUCGUGGCUGCAAAAGCCAAAGAAUUAUUUACGCUGGACGACGAGGCCGUCAAGAUUUGUGAAGAUUUUCUUCGCUUCAUGUCGUGCCACACCCAGUCUCAGUGA